GUAAAAGGCUGUUUGUCGUGGUACAGCUACAGUGAUUUUACUUGAGAUAUUUGACUUUGAGAUGGAGAUGAAAAUAAGUAUAUAAUGCAGCUGCCACAUUCAUUCUCAUACAAGACACUGAAAUUGAGGAAGAGAGAUUUUGGCGUUCUGUUGGUUUAUGGAGAGAGUUGAUCAGAGAUUGCUCCUUGGCUGAGUUGCUGUCUGCAUAGGCUGUUAACAAUUGUUUCUCUGGCAGCAGAUCUUGUUCAUCAGGAUUGCAUCAUUUCUGGGAGAAUGGCCAAGGUCCACAGCCUCAGUACAAAGACUGUCUGAAGCAUAUGAGGCCUGUUCUCUUUCUGAAGCGACACUCCUCUUCCUGCCAGUCCUCUUCACAGGAUUACUGAAGCAGACUUGUUCUGAAUUUCUUUCAUUGGAUUGGUUGUUUAUUGGACUCUUGUCUGCCAGCUGCUUCCGCCUCACCUGUCUGAUGCAAUUUCUUCUUCUGAAAUCUGUUGGAAUUGUUCAUAAAACACUUUUUGUUUGUCUUCUCUGUGAGUGACCAGGGAGAUCAUACAGGUCUUGUGCUUUCAGCAAGUCAUAUAGAGAAGAGACUGUCAGAAUGAUGAUACAGAGACUGUUGGCCAUUUCUGAAACCAAUUAAAAAGAUGGGGUCUUCAGAACUACUAGCAGAUAAUUUGGGGGGACUUCAUAUUCAGAAGUCUAUAUAAAGGAUUCCUCAUGUCCAUAACAUGUUGGAUGAGGCUCUGCAGCUCACCCCCACUCUCAGAGUGGUCAGUCUCCAUUAAUUGGACCCCGUGAUUUCCAAUCUCUGCUGUGUUGGACGUCAUGAGCAUUGCAAUCCCUCUGGGAGUCACCACACCAGAUACAUCCUACUCAGAUAUGGCUGCUGGAUCAGAAAAGGAAGUGGAAGCCCCCUACCUUUCAAGACGAAGUGGCACUACACCAGGAUGUGAAAGUCCAGCGAAAGAGACCCAAGGGGCCUAGGGGGCAGCACACCCCCAGAAGCCAAGUCUAUUCCAGGCAGUACCAGGGAUUAGGGUCUGGGCUGGAAAAAUCCUGGUGUUUUGAAUAUGUUCAGGUCCAGUUCAGACUCUUGAUCCCACAGCCACUUCUUGAGUGAGGGUAUCCUGUCUUGGUAGUGAAUGGAAGAGGGCCUGGUCCCUGGGGCAGUGCAGAAGGCACUUUCAUCAUCUCACUCACUGCAAAUGUCAUGUGAGGUUUCAUGGAAGUAUUAAGAGAUCCAAUUAAGAAGAAUAGUUCUGAGUCUAAACCAGCCCAGAGUGGCUUCUCUAGGGGAAACUCCCCGCUCAGCUGCCCUGAAUCUGUGGAGGCUAGUCCAGCAGUUAAUGAGAAGAGCGUGUAUUCCACUCAUAAUUAUGGGACCACUCAGAGGCAUGGGUGUCGAGGACUGCCUUAUGCUCAUGACGAAGUUGCCCCUUUUGCACUUCCCUGACUCCAGCGGACGUCUAGCCCUGCAUCAUUGUUCUUGUUUUUAUGUCCCAGUUGACCUUGGCAUUUUGUUUUAUCACUUUCCUGGUUGAAGCCAAAAAACAAAGGGAUCAUAAUUACGGAGCCCCUCCUCCUCCGACACCUCCUGCUUCUCCCCCUGUCCAGACGAUCAUCCCUCGUUCUGACCUGAAUGGCCUGCCGUCGCCUGUAGAGGAACGCUGUGGAGACAGCCCGAACUCUGAAGGAGAAACUGUACCUACCUGGUGUCCUUGUGGUCUUUCUCAGGAUGGCUUCCUUCUCAACUGUGACAAGUGCAGAUGAUUCCUUAGUGCUCCUUGGCUCGAAUUCUCUGCACUAGGGGAAUGAGCAGGGGGAAGGUUAUUAGACUUCAUCGGCGGAAGCAGGACAACAUAUCAGGUGGGGAUAGCAGUGCAACAGAAAGCUGGGAUGAGGAGCUUUCUCCUUCCACUGUGUUGUAUACAGCAACACAGCACACACCUACAAGCAUCACCUUAACUGUUAGAAGAACCAAACCCAAGAAGCGGAAAAAGAGUCCAGAAAAGGGUCGUGCAGCACCAAAGACGAAGAAAAUCAAGAAUUCUCCCUCUGAAGCACAGAAUUUAGAUGAGAAUACAACUGAGGGCUGGGAAAAUCGGAUAAGACUAUGGACUGACCAGUAUGAAGAAGCUUUCACUAAUCAGUACAGUGCAGAUGUACAGAACGCGCUUGAACAACACCUACAUUCUAGCAAGGAAUUUGUGGGCAAACCUACUAUUUUAGACACUAUUAAUAAGACUGAAUUGGCCUGUAAUAACACAGUUAUUGGUUCCCAAAUGCAGUUACAGCUGGGAAGAGUCACUCGUGUUCAAAAGCACCGGAAGAUCCUGAGGGCUGCAAGAGAUUUGGCUUUGGACACUCUUAUAAUAGAGUAUCGUGGGAAAGUCAUGUUACGACAGCAAUUUGAGGUCAAUGGGCAUUUCUUCAAAAAACCAUACCCCUUUGUGCUCUUCUACUCAAAAUUCAAUGGUGUAGAGAUGUGUGUGGAUGCCCGUACUUUCGGUAAUGAUGCUCGGUUCAUCAGAAGAUCAUGUACACCAAAUGCAGAGGUGCGACACAUGAUUGCAGACGGGAUGAUUCACCUGUGCAUCUAUGCUGUGUCUGCCAUCACCAAGGAUGCUGAGGUCACCAUAGCAUUUGAUUACGAGUAUAGUAACUGUAAUUAUAAAGUGGACUGUGCCUGUCACAAGGGAAACCGGAAUUGUCCUAUACAAAAAAGGAAUCCUAAUGCUGCAGAACUGCCACUCCUACCACCUCCUCCAAGCCUACCCACCAUUGGAGCAGAGACUAGACGUAGAAAAGCACGACGGAAAGAGCUAGAGAUGGAGCAGCAGAAUGAGGCUUCAGAGGAGAAUAAUGACCAGCAAUCACAAGAAGUUCCAGAAAAAGUAACUGUAUCCAGUGAUCAUGAGGAAGUAGACAAUCCAGAAGAAAAACCAGAAGAAGAGAAAGAAGAGGUUAUAGAUGACCAGGAGAACCUAGCUCAUAGCAGGAGGACCAGGGAAGAUAGAAAGGUAGAAGCCAUCAUGCAUGCUUUUGAAAACUUAGAGAAAAGAAAGAAGCGGCGGGAUCAGCCCUUGGAACAGAGCAACUCUGAUGUAGAGAUUACUACAACCACCUCAGAGACUCCUGUUGGUGAAGAGACAAAAACUGAAGCCGCUGAAUCUGAAGUUAGCAACUCUGUUUCAAAUGUUACCAUCCCAAGCACCCCACAGAGUGUUGGUGUGAAUACCCGGAGGUCUUCCCAGGCAGGGGAUAUUGCUGCAGAAAAACCAGUCCCCAAGCCACCUCCAGCAAAGCCUUCUAGGCCCCGGCCGAAGAGUCGAAUUUCUCGGUACAGGACCAGUUCAGCCCAAAGACUAAAGCGUCAGAAGCAGGCCAAUGCACAGCAGGCAGAAUUGUCACAAGCUGCCUUGGAAGAGGGAGGAAGUAACAGUUUAGUAACUCCUACUGAAGCUGGAAGUCUAGACAGUUCAGGAGAAAACAGGCCAUUAACAGGGUCUGACCCAACUGUGGUGUCAAUUACUGGAUCCCAUGUCAACCGUGCUGCAUCUAAAUACCCCAAAACCAAAAAGUAUCUAGUUACAGAAUGGUUGAAUGACAAAGCAGAGAAGCAAGAGUGCCCUGUUGAGUGCCCUUUACGUAUCACAACGGAUCCAACUGUACUGGCAACGACCCUAAACAUGUUACCAGGUCUUAUCCAUUCCCCGUUAAUUUGCACCACCCCCAAACACUACAUUCGCUUUGGCUCACCCUUUAUCCCUGAGAGACGUCGAAGGCCCCUUCUGCCUGAUGGCACAUUCAGCUCCUGUAAGAAGCGCUGGAUAAAACAAGCCUUAGAAGAAGGGAUGACUCAAACAUCAUCUGUACCCCAAGAGACUAGAACUCAGCACCUAUACCAAAGCAAUGAGAAUAGUAGCUCUUCUAGUAUCUGCAAAGACAAUGCAGCUUUGUGUUUCACAGACUUGUUGAGCCCAUUAAAGAAAUGGAAGUCUCGCUAUCUGAUGGAGCAGAAUGUCACCAAGUUACUUCGGCCUCUGUCUCCAGUCACACCACCCCCUCCCAAUUCAGGCUCAAAGAGUCCCCAGCUGGCCACACCUGGCUCAUCUCACCCAGGAGAAGAGGAGUGUCGAAAUGGAUACAGCCUCAUGUUUUCACCAGUCACAUCUCUUACUACUGCUAGUCGCUGCAACACUCCUCUGCAGUUUGAGAACAUAUCCUCCCCUGAGAGUUCCCCUGCGCAUAGGCCCGAGUCCCUGUCACCCGAGCUUUGUCACCGAAAAGACCUGGAUUUGGCAAAAGUAGGAUACCUUGACUCCAACACUAACAGCUGUGCUGAUAGACCUUCCCUACUCAACUCAGGUCAUUCUGACCUGGCUCCUCAUCCCUCCCUCGGACCCACUUCUGAGACUGGUUUCCCAAGCAGAAGUGGAGAUGGACAUCAGACCCUCGUGAGAAACUCAGACCAGGCAUUUCGGACAGAGUUCAACUUGAUGUAUGCCUACUCCCCUUUGAACGCUAUGCCUCGAGCAGAUGGACUGUAUCGAGGAUCUCCUCUAGUGGGGGAUAGGAAGUCUUUACAUUUGGAUGGGGGAUAUUGUUCCCCUGCAGAAGGAUUUUCCAGCAGAUAUGAACAUGGCUUAAUGAAAGACCUCUCUCGUGGAUCCUUGUCACCUGGUGGUGAAAGGGCCUGUGAAGGAGUCCCAUCUGCCCCCCAGAACCCACCACAGAGGAAAAAAGUAUCCCUGCUGGAGUACCGAAAACGGAAACAAGAAGCUAAGGAAAAUUCUGCUGGUGGGGGAGGUGACUCUGCACAGAGCAAAAGCAAGCCUGCAGGAGCUGGGCAAGGCAGCAGUAACUCCGUUUCUGACACUGGUGCCCAUGGUGUGCAGGGAUCCUCAGCCCGAACUCCAUCUUCCCCUCACAAAAAAUUCUCCCCAUCUCAUUCCUCUAUGUCCCAUUUGGAGGCGGUAAGCCCAUCAGAUUCCAGAGGCACUUCUUCAUCUCACUGCAGACCUCAAGAGAAUAUCAGCAGUAGGUGGAUGGUUCCCACAUCAGUAGAACGACUCCGAGAAGGAGGGAGCAUCCCCAAGGUCCUCCGAAGCAGCGUGAGGGUGGCCCAAAAGGGAGAGCCCUCUCCCACAUGGGAGAGUAACAUCACAGAGAAAGACUCAGACCCUGCAGAUGGAGAAGGCCCAGAGACAUUGAGCUCAGCACUCUCUAAAGGAGCAACAGUUUACAGCCCUUCCAGAUACAGCUACCAGCUCCUGCAGUGUGAUAGUCCUCGGACAGAAUCACAAAGCCUCCUUCAGCAGAGUUCCUCCCCCUUCAGAGGACAUCCUACACAAUCUCCAGGAUACAGUUAUCGAACUACUGCACUGAGACCUGGAAACCCCCCCUCUCACGGUUCUUCAGAAUCAUCCCUCUCUUCCACGUCCUAUUCCAGCCCCGCCCACCCUGUGUCCACAGACUCGUUGGCCCCAUUUACGGGGACACCAGGGUAUUUUAGCAGCCAGCCACAUUCUGGAAACAGCACUGGCAGCAGUCUUCCAAGGAGGAGCUGCCCUUCUAGUGCUGCUAGCCCUACCCUGCAGGGACCCUCAGACUCGCCAACCUCAGAUUCAGUUUCUCAGUCCAGCACAGGAACUCUGAGUUCCACCUCCUUUCCUCAGAACUCUAGGUCGUCAUUGCCAUCAGACUUACGGACUAUCAGUCUGCCCAGUGCUGGGCAGUCAGCUGUCUACCAGGCCUCCAGGGUAUCUGCGGUUUCCAAUUCACAGCACUACCCACACCGUGGGAGUGGGGGUGUGCACCAGUACCGACUCCAGCCACUGCAAGGGUCAGGAGUCAAGACUCAGACAGGACUUUCCUAGGGCUUCUGGAUUUGGGCAAACAGAACUGAAUGAGCCCAUAGCUGCUUCCUUCCAGCUGCCUCUGGAACCUAGGCCGAGCAUAUUGCUGAGGAAGGGGGGGUACAAGGUGCCAGAGGAUUGGGUCUGGUGGACAAGAAACAAGACUUGUGGUCACAAUUGGCCUCUGGCCUUGGAGAAAGCUGUAAAUCUUGUCUGAAGCAGAGACUAUAAAGAAGUUUCUCCCUGCUGUCAAGGGUACAUUGUUGACAAGCAAAUGGUGUUUCGGUUAGUAACGGUUCUAAGUGCAAUGAGUUGUGUUGAAGCCUCCGUCUCCCAUCCUUGCCUGUAGCCUGUAGUCACUUGUGCAGUGAGGACAUCUUUUUAAAUUUAAAAAAAAAAAAAAAAAAAAGUUUUCAAAGGAAAAAAAGUUAAAAGAGCCAAUCUCAAAGCCCCAAGCCAUCUGAGUACUGUUAGGGUUUUAUGCACUUAAGAAAAAAGGUAGGUAUGUAAAUGUUCAUCCUAAGACAACCAUUCCAAAAGCAGGUAUCUGGCCAAUGUGUGUCCACCAAGAAUACUGUUUAUCUUUGUCUUAAGAUCACCAAGAAAUAGGCAAGGAUAGUAAAGCUUGGAACCUGCACCAACUGGAGGGUGCCUGGCUCUUUGAAGAAAAGCUCAUGGUCAGCUCUUGAUUAUUCGGGAGCAGAUUAUUUGAGUAGAUUGUCUGAGCCUCCAACUGUUACCAUCCUACUCCCCCUUCCCAAGCUAUUUCACAGCUCAGUAACCCAUGAAGUAAGUAGACAAGAAAAGGAGGAAUGAGACAUGAUAUAGGCCAAUUGCAUUGCUACUUACCAGCUUUUGGCAAUAAAUUUCAUUAGGAAGGAUACCGAGUGGUUUGGGAAUGCUUCGAAUUUUAUUUUUUCUACUCCCAAUUAAUCAGGAGUUGAUGAUCCCAUGAGCAGGACCGCCUCCAUGAUUGGGGAGCAUGCACUUGUGACUGCAGGGUAAGAGUGGGAAGAUAGGUUUGUGGAGUGGCACCGACAGGACUGUGAUUGUGUGUGGGCCUGCCCCACAUUUCUUUGGGGGAUGCUUAUGUGAGAGUGGGCCCAGUGAAAGAGUUACCAAGCCACCCACACCCCUAACACUGUUCUGGAUGAGAGACGAGAGCAGACCGGCUUCUCCCCAUCAGUGCAUUGUGCCUGUUGUACACCCCUGGAGGAGCCCUGGAGCCAGCCCAGGUGGGGUACACAAUCUUUUUAAAUUCCAUAUGGUUGCCAGCUUAUUUCUUUCACUUGUUUACUGUAAUAUCUGGCGUGUUUUUAUUUAUCUAAUUUUGUAUUCAGUUAUAACCAUGGUAGGGGUAGUGAAUAUAUGACAGGUGUAAUCCCUGGUGCUGCAGUGGACCUUCUUUUCUUUUGGACAAGAUAAUACUGUGAGUUUCCCUCCUUCCUUCCCUCUAAUUUGUUUUCCUUUUUUCCCCAGCCUCUUGCAUCCCCUUCUUUUCUACCCUGUCCUACAACUAUCAUAUGCACAGUCUUCUCUCUUUGUGUGUGACUGUUACAAAAUUUCACUUUUCAAAAUCGAAAUCAGGUGUUUGCUCAAAUGAGGGGAGAUUUUUUUUUUUUUUUUUUUUUUUUAAAUGCUGAGACCUCAGCAAAGUACUUUUCUUUUUGUUGUUUCCCCCACAAACCCAUCAGUCUGGGAGAGCAUUGGGAGUGGAAAUCAUGUUGCCUGGGAUGCUGGUUUCUUUGUAUAUUAUAUAAAACGUAUGUAAAUGUCUCUCCAUUUGGGCUGGGGUUUGCAUUCUCCCCUUGGCUAUUUAACCAAGGGGAGAGGCCAGCGGGCAGGCGGCCCUCACCCUGCCUGGCACGUGCAGAGACCCCAGCCACUCUGUGUGGGCAGGGUGCUGUCAAGACCAGACCUCUUGGGGGGGUAGGGGCGGGGGGGUGGGGGGAACUCUUGGAAGGGAAGAAGUAUCACUUCUUUCUCAAGUGGAGUGUUUACACCUUGCUGUAACAUUUGAACUUUCACAAGAGAUGUAAUAAUUUUGAUAAUAAAAUUCUUAACCAUAAUAA